GUCAACUGAUAAGACCUGAAAAACGUGACCUAAUUUUGGCCGAGAAUGGCGCUGUGAGUUUUAGGUUGGAAAUAAUGUAAGAUGGCAGCUGCAAGAAACGCAGUUCGGCGUAUUGGGGUCUUGCAAGGCGCCUUGGUGAAGAGACAGACUUACCGUAGCAGCGUGGAGAGCAGACGACAUCAGAAUACAUAUGAUGGGCGAUGGCCGCCAGAUCACGGCGUGGGUAUUGAUAAUGUGGAGGCACAGGUUGCGCAGGCCAGGCCAGAUCCCAGUGCUACUGCGCCACUGUAUAGAGAACUGAACACCGCCAGUCUGGUGAACUUGCAGACUAACACUCUGGCGCGGCAGGGAUAUGACAUGACCCAAAGCUGUGAGCUGACAUCAUCCUCAUGGCAGGUACUCACGCGGCACAGCUCAGCCACACCUGGCACCCUAGUAGUGCCACGCGCUGGGAUCACUGUCAUUGCAGAGUGA